AUGAAAUACUCAAUAGAUGUAGAAUAAAUUCUACAUAAAAGUUUUAGUAAGACUACUAUAGGAUUAUCAUUAGCAGGAGUUGCAACAUUAGUUCUUUCCGGCAUAUUUGUGAAGAGAAAAGUUAAAGCUUUAGAGAAACUAUCACCUGACUAAAGCUUAGGUUUAAUAACGAUAAACAAAAAACCACCAGGUCUUGUUAAUUUUGGGAAUACAUGCUUUGUCAAUUCUGUUUUACAGGCUUUAGCAAGUAUGCCUAAAUUCAUUAAAAACCUUGAGGAAUUGUGCUAAUAUGAUGAUGUUAAAGAAACUAAAGAUAGAAAUGGAAAUGGCAAAAAAGAUAAUAAAAAAAUAAAUAUAAUUAAAAAGAAAAAGAAUAAAGUACUUGGAAUCAAAGAGCAAUCUCACCUAAUUUGCAAGGAGUUAUUAAAUAUAUUACAUGUUCUCAAUGAUGAAAAUAUGGGUAACGAGGAUUUCUCUUUUUAACCACACAACCUCAUAAAUCUAUUGGAAGAAACUAAUGAUUAUUUAUCGUUUAGAGAGUAAUAGGAUUCUCAUGAAGUAUUAAAGCUUAUUAUAAAUUGUUUUGAGGAUACUCUUAAAAAGGGAAAUUACUAGAAAUAUGAUUUAGUUAACAUUUCUAAAAAGGAGUUCACAUUGAGUAAUUCGUUAUUAGGUUAUAUGAAUACUUAUUUAUAGUGUGUUGCUUGUGAUAGAAAAUUUAAUAAUAGAAUAGAAGCAUUUUAUGAUUUAUCAUUAGAUAUUUUAGAUAGGUCUAUUUCCUCUCUUGAAGAUAGUAUUAAGCAUUAUUUUUAAGAGGAAUAUAUAGAUGAUGUUUAAUGUCUCAAUUGCUCUAUAAAUGUAUUUCUCAAAGAAAAAGAAAAUAAAGUAAAAUAUCUCACAGCUUAGUUCUAAAAAAAUAGUGACUCAAAUAUUUUAGCAUGCAUUUCGAAAAUAAAUGAAUAAAUCGAUUAUAUCAAAACUGUUGGAAAUAAAUCUCUGAUAGAAACUGAGGAUGUGGUAGGAGGAAUAACUAAAAUGAUUAGUGAGUAAAUAUAAGGAUUAAAAUAAGAAUACAAAACUUAAAUUCAAAGCCCAUUUUGUGUGCUAAAAAGAUAGAUUAAAAAGGUUUAAAAAAUCUCUAAAACUCCUCAAAUUUUAAUUUUGCAUCUUAAGAGACUAGUUAUAAAUCCAUAAACAGGUUAUCCUAUAAAGAUUGGCGAUUUCAUAAAAUUUGAUGAAUAAUUAAGAUUGGAUUAAACUCUUGGUCUUAAGAAAAAGGAAAAUAUUUAAACAUAUCAUUUAUCAUCUCUAAUAUCUCAUUUAGGAAGUGAUAACUUUGGACAUUAUGUAACUUUAAGAAGAGUUUGGCAUUAAAAUUAUCAACCAUAUAUAACUGAAGAAGUUAAUAAAACAUAGUAUACUAAAUCUCUUUGGUAUUUAACAUCAGAUAGAGAAAUUAGAUAUAUUGAAAAAGCUGAUGUAUUAAAAGUGAGAGCAUAUAUUCUUUUCUAUGAAAAAAUGGAAAGCGAGUGA